UUCCUGCCUGUAAACGAAAGUGAAAUUAAGUGUCGACAUUUUAAAGGCAGAGUCGCCAUUUUAUCAAGAAACAUUUUAUCAAGAUUCUGGAGUAAUGUAAAGAUAUUCUAUGUUUCAAGAGAGAUGACAUUCCAUGUCCCUAGAGCCAACUUCUGCAGCUGAGGAUCCCAGUGAAAUUCCCCGCCUUCGACCACUGCCCAAUUCACACUGCACCCGACCCCUUUGGCCCCUCCUACAGAGGCCCCAGCAGGAAUCAUCUGGUCUGGAUCAGCAUAAAAAUGAAUGGAUCUGCUUCUGAAAAGCGCCCCCCUGUGGAGUGUAAGAGAAAGAGCCCUGAGAGUGUCCUGAUGGAGAGAGCAGACUCCCCUGUACCCAGCUGUGUUUCCCUGAAGAGUGACGCGUCAAUGGAUCGACCACUCGUCUUCAGAGAGGGACCUUUUCCUACAGAUCAAAGAGACCAAAUGGAAGAUUGCAGUUCAGAUCUACAUGAUAAAUCGGGUUUAUCAUCCAUAUUGAAGUCACUAGAGGUAAAAGCCAUGAAGUUCCUAAAGGAGGAACUGAAGACGUUUGUGAGGCACCUAGAUCAGAAUUACCCAGAAUGCUCUGAGCCUCAGCUGGAGGAGGACAAUGACCUGGACUGUGAUGGUCAGAUGCAGAAGACCAGUGUUAGAGAGGUAGCUCUGAAGAUCACAGUGUACAUCCUGAGGAUCAUGAAACAUAAUGAUCUUGCUGACCUGCUGGACAAGAGACAGCUCAUGCUACAGGAAAUCAAAUGUAAACUUAAGAAGCAAUGUGAGUGUGUAUUUGAAGGGAAAGCUAAGGAAGGACAGCCAACACUUCUCAGUGAGAUUUACACAGAACUCUACAUAACUGAAGGUGGGACUGGAGCAGUCAAUGAUGAACAUGAAGUGAGACAGAUUGAAACAGCAUCCAAGAAAAGGCGAACAGAAGAUACUACAGUCAAGUGCAAUAAUAUAUUUAAACCCUUAUGUGGGCGUGUGACACCUAUCAGAACUGUACUCACUAAAGGGGUGGCAGGUAUCGGGAAAACAGUCUCUGUGCAGAAAUUUAUUCUCGACUGGGCAGAAGGAAAAGCAAACCAGGAUGUUCACUUCAUAUUUGCUCUUCCUUUCCGGGACCUGAAUUUGAUUAAGGGUGAAUACAGUCUGAUUGAACUGCUUCAUCACUUUGUCCCAGAACUGAAAUCAUUUCAAUUCACUGAGCUGUUUAGCUACAAAGUCUUGUUCAUCUUUGAUGGUCUGGAUGAGUGUCGCCUUCCUCUCGAUUUUCAGAACAAUGAGAGCUGGUUUGAUGUAACAAAGAAAACGUCACUGGAUGUGCUGUUGACUAACCUCUUUAAGGGGAAUCUGCUCCCAUCUGCUCUCCUCUGGAUAACCUCCCGGCCAGCAGCAGCCAAUCAGAUACCUCCUGAGUGUGUCCACCAGGUGACAGAGAUACGAGGGUUCAGUGAUGCCCAGAAGGAGGAGUAUUUCAGGAGGAGAUUUAAUGAUCAGAGCCUGGCCAGCAGGAUUAUCACACAUGUGAAAUCAUCAAGGAGCCUCUUCAUCAUGUGCCACAUUCCUGUGUUCUGCUGGAUUUCAGCAACUGUGCUUAAGAGGUUUUUUAGUGAGACUGACAGGGGAGAAAUUCCAAGGACUCUGACUGAAAUGUACACACACUUCCUGAUCUUUCAGACAAGUUUAACAAAUGACAAGUAUAUGAAAAAACAAGAAACUAAGCUUAAAGAAUACAGCAAGGAAUUCCUUUUAAAACUUGGUAAACUUGCUUUUGACAACCUUGAGAAAGGCAAUCUCAUAUUUUAUGAGCAAGAUCUGACAGGGAAUGGCAUUGAUGUCACUGAAACUUCAGUUUACUCUGGAGUGUGCACAGAAGUCUUUAAAGAGGAGUAUGGGUUGUACCAGGAGAAGGUGUACUGCUUUGUGCAUCUGAGCAUCCAGGAGUAUCUCGCUGCUUUAUAUGUGUUUCUGUCAAACUCAUCAGCUGACCUGCUGAAGACUGCAGUGAAUGAGGCAUUAGAGAGCAAGAAUGGACACUUGGACCUCUACCUCCGCUUCCUCCUGGGCCUCUCAACAGACUCCAGUAAGACUCUGUUACAAAGGCUACUGGGGCCAACAGAAACCUGCUCACAAACCAUUAAGGAAACAGCCCAAUACAUCAAGGAGAAAAUACAGGAGAAUUUAUCUCCAGAAAGGACCAUCAACCUGUUCCACUGUCUGACUGAACUGGGGGACAACUCUCUAGUAGAGGAAGUACAAAGAUACCUGAAUUCAGGAAACAUUUCAGUAGAUGACCUUUCACCUGCACAGUACUCAGCUCUGGCCUUUGUGAUGCUGAUGUCAGAUGAGGAGCUGGAUGUGUUUGACCUGAAGAAAUAUAUCAGACGAGAUAAACAGCACUGCAGGCUGCUGCCUGUGGUCAAGAACUCCAGGACGGCUCUGCUGAACAGCUGUGAUCUCAUAGAUAAACACUUUGAAGUGCUGUCUUCAGCUCUAAGAUCAAACUCUUCCCCCCUGAGAGAGCUGGACCUGAGUGACAAUAACCUGAAGGAUUCAGGAGUGAAGCUGCUCUCUGCUGCACUGGGGGAUUUACACUGUAAACUGAAGAUAUUGAGGUUGUCAGGCUGUAGAGUCACAGAAGAAGGCUGUUCUUCCCUGGCUUCAGCUCUGAAGUUAAACCCCUCACACCUGAGAGAACUGGAUCUGAGCUACAAUCACCCAGGACACUCAGGAGUGAAGCUGCUCUCUGCUGUACUGGAGGAUCUCAGCUGUAAACUGGAGAAGCUGCAGGUGGGCUGGUGUGAACUCACAGAGAAAUGCUGUGAGGCACUGGCUUCAGCUCUCAGAUCAAACUCCUCACCCCUGAGAGAGCUGGACCUGAGUGACAAUGACCUGCAGGACUCAGGAGUGAAGCUGCUUUCUGCUGGACUGGGGGACUUACACUGUAAACUGGAGAUACUGAGACUGUCAGGCUGUAGAGUCACAGAAGAAGGCUGUUCUUCCCUGGCUUCAGCUCUGAGAUCAAACCCCUCACACCUGAGAGAGCUGGACCUGAGCUACAAUCACCCAGGAGACUCAGGAGUGAAGCUGCUCUCUGCUGUACUGGAGGAUCCCAGCUGUAAACUGGAGAAGCUGCAGGUUGGCCGGUGUGAAAUCACAGAGAAAUGCUGUGAGGCACUGGCUUCAGCUCUCAGAUCAAACUCUUCCCCCCUGAGAGAGCUGGACCUGAGUGACAAUGACCUGCAGGACUCAGGAGUGAAGCUGCUCUCUGUUGGACUGGAGGACUUACACUGUAAACUGGAGAUACUGAGGGACAAGGGACAAGGCGUAAGGGACAAGGCCGAAGACCUGUAUUGGAUGCCCGUGGUCUUCGGGCCCUCAGACGACUCUGCAUCACUCAUCGGCAUGAUUGUGUCAAUGACAUUACUAAAUGGGCCCAGGAAUACUUCCAGAAAGCACAGUCGACUGUCAGGCUGUAGAGUCACAGAAGAAGGCUGUUCUUCCCUGGCUUCAGCUCUGAGGUCAAAACCCUCACACCUGAGGGAGCUGGACCUGAGCUACAAUCACCCAGGAGACUCAGGAGUGAAGCUGCUCUCUGCUGUACUGGAGGAUCCCAGCUGUAAACUGGAGAAGCUGAAUGUGGAUUACGGUGGAGAGUGCAGGACCAGACCAGGCUUACAGAAAUACUCCUGCCAGCUGACGCUGGACCCCAACACAGCAAACAGACGCCUGUCUCUGUCAGGGGGGAACAGGAAGGUGACAGAGGGGGCAGAGCAGCCAUAUCCUGAUCAUCCAGAGAGAUUUGACAGCUGCCCCCAAGUUCUGUGCAGAAAGAGUCUGACUGGCCGCUGUUACUGGGAGGCUGAGUGGGAUGGAGUUGCAGCCCUGAUAGGAGUGACUUAUAAAGGGAUCGAGAGGAAAGGAGGGAGUGACUGUCUGCUUGGAAACAAUGACAAGUCAUGGUGUCUGUGGUGUAAACCAGUCAGUUACUCUGUCCUGCACAAUAAUAAACAGACUCUCAUACCCAUACAGCCCUCAGGCUCCCGCAGAGUAGGAGUGUAUCUGGACUGGGGGGCUGGUGCUCUGUCCUUCUACAGAGUCUCCUCUGAUGGACUGACCCCCCUGCACAGAUUCACCUCCUCAUUCACUGAGUCCCUCUAUCCAGGGUUUCGGGUUUAUAGUAACUCCUCAGUGUCACUGUGACGUGUUGCUGGUUCUCCUGGCAAAAAGGUAAAAUCUCUGCUUUUUAACCUUUAUUAUCCCUUUUACUCUGAAAUGUACAGAACUGUGCAAAAGUCUUAGGCAGGCAAAGAAAAUGAUGUUUAGAUUAUCCUCCUGUUGGUGUAAAACUAUGAUAUGGUGCCUGUCAAAGUGUGUCAGCUUCGCCAUUUCAGAACCUCUGCUAAAAUCAUCCUAGUAUUUGCAGUGACCGUCCAGUGCAGCCAUGCAUUUUUUGACUUGGCCACUAGCAGACCUCAUACAGCUAGUCAAUCUCUCACUGACUUUUUAAACCAAUAUAUUUAAUUAUUUAAUUGAGCUGUUCGGGAAAUUUAACAAAAUUGUGGAACAGCUG